AUGGCCGCCUGCUACGGCAUCCUCGCCGACUUUGCCGAUUUCGCCGGACGUGUGCGCAAUAUUACGGAGGAUGAGGCAAACCGAUACUUGUCUCCAUUACGGCCACGGCGUAAGGAUCGACAGAAUCCCACGGAAGUAUACAACGACGCGGAAUUCUCGUGGCGGUACUGCUUUUCCAAGCAAGUGGUGCUACGGCUGUUGGAAAUGCUGCCACUGGUCCCAAAAGACAACGAUCGCGGUCACCUCAUGCCGCCGCUGCUCCAGCUUCUAAUCGCGCUGCGAUUCUACGGCGCCGGAACAUUUCAGGUUGUCACCGGGGACCUCGUUAAUGUUUCUCAAGCAACUGUGUCUCGAGUAAUUGCACGAAUGUCAAAAAUGAUUGCCGAGACUUUGUUCCCGCAGCUCGUGAAGUUCCCAAAUGCUAAUGAUUUGGCAUCCGUAAUGGAGGAGUUCUACACCAUCGCACGGUUUCCUUCUGUGAGCUGGUGCAUUGACUGCACUCAUGUACCCAUCAGAAGUCCCGGAGGAGAUGAAGCGGAGGUUUUUCGCUGUCGAAAGGGGUACUUCUCCAUCAAUGUCCAGGCAAUCGCAGGGCCUCGGCUUCAAUUUUUUGAUUUGGUUGCCAGCUGGCCCGGCUCAACACAUGACAGCCGAAUUUUCGAUAAUAGUCGAGCCAGAGUGCAGUACGAAGAAGGGAAUGUGCCUGGCAUCCUACUUGGUGACAAGGGGUACUCCUGCAGGUCGUAUCUCAUGACCCCUUUUCGAGAGACAAAGCAGCUUUCAGCACCUUUGUUUAGGUACAACAAGUGCCACUCCAGGAGUCGCUGCAGUGUUGAGAGGACGUUUGGAGUAUGGAAGCGAAGGUUUCCAUGCCUUCAAAUGACUCUUCAGAUAAAAACACGAUCAGUUCCUAUCGUCAUCACAGCUUGUGCUGCACUACACAACUUCGGCCACCUGCAGAGAGACCCUGUCCCCCCUCCUGCACAAAGCCAGGCAAUACACAACGCCGCUUCGCAAGCUCCCACUUCCUCCUUUCAACCAACGCCACCAGGUAUGCCUCCGUUGCCAGACACACUGGCACAGGAGCGCUUGAAGUUGCGGCAGCACCUGGCUCUGUUACAGCAGCUUCCUGGCUUGUUGCACCAUGAACGAGCUCUCGGCUGUCUGUGGUCGUCGGUAAUGGGGCAGCAUUCGUUUCAGGUUCUGCUGGUGGCCUUCCAGCAUCAUCCCAUGACCAGUAGUCGGGCUCAUCAGCCGCGUCUUGACUACCUGCAGUAA